GCAGAAUGUGGACUAUAUAGAAUCACGGAGUCUGAGCUUGCACAAUUAGCAGCGAACAGAAAUGGGCCCCAAGAAAUACACCAAGUUUCAACAUAAUGCAACCUCAGAAAUCGGCACAGUUAAAUUUGACAAAGGAGUAGUCACCGAAGAUGAGGAGAUUUUUGAUGCAGUUGGCCAAUCAAAAUUUGUCCUACAGAACCUUCAGUAUUACACGACCCCUCCAGAUUUGGCCCAGUACUAUGAGCCUCCGAAGUCCACUAGACUACAGAAAGUCCUGGAGCAGAACAGGAAAAUCACUAGCUUCACAUUAAAAGUAACAGAGUAUGACCAGGAUAUGACCUUACUGAUUAUGACCAACAACCCACCUCCCUGCUUACUCUGCCAGCAGGAAAAGGACAGUUCUCCAAAAUACUUUCCCAGUGAUUUACUGUUCAAGGUAAUGGAAAGUCACCAGCACAAACCCACCAAGAACUUUUGUCCAUCCAUGAUGCCACAGGGAAAAAAGGUGAAAUCUGGGCUGAAACCAGUCUUUCGCAUGAAAAAGUUUGAUGAUCCUAAAUCCAAGGAAAAACAAUGGUUUAGGUUUUCCACUGACAAUGACUUUAAGACUGAGGGACAGUAUUCAAAAAACUAUGCUUUAAGGAAACAGAAAAAAAUGUACCCACAGCUUAACUUUGCUCCAGUCUGUGAAAGAGACAAGAUGAAAGAUGCUUCCAAGAAGUCAGCGAGUGAAUCGCCGACUUCCCAGCUGCUCCUGGAACCACUCACACUUUCCUCGCUUCAGAAAGAGAAGCCCACCCGAAGCGCGCCGGGGCAAAACUGUUUUCGCAACGGAAGAGCCCAGCAGUGGAUUAUCGAAAAUGCCUCUCGUUAAGUGAAAACAAGCGCUCCAGGGCUGUCGCCUGGCUCU